AUGAGCGUCGGUGCUAAAACUCCCAUUCUUCGUUACUGGGGCUAUCUAUUUACUCUAUCAAAGCUAGUUGAAUUCGGCGACACAUUCUUCAUUGUGUUACGAAAACAACCCUUAAUAUUUCUACAUUGGUACCACCAUAUUGUGACAUGUCUUUACGGUUGGCUCUGCUACGUAGAAGAAGCAGAACACGUCAAGUGGUUUGGUCUUAUGAACGCUAUUAUUCACAGCUGUAUGUACACUUAUUAUACCUUCAAAGCAACGGGAUACCGUCUACCAAAAUGGUUAGCCAUGAUGAUCACUUCAUUACAAUUAUCACAAAUGUUUGUGGGCACUUUUCUAGCUAUGAUAAUUUACUAUUACAUAUAUAUUGCCAAAAUUAAAUGUCACAUUUCUUCGCUGAAUAUGACUAUUACUACAAUCAUGUACGUCAGUUAUGCCAUUCUUUUUUCUAGAUUUUUCAUACAGGCGUAUCUUUCUGACAAAUCUGUGAAGAACAUCGAAAAAAAAACCGAUGUCAAUAGCAAGUUGAAGGCUACCUGAAAUAUGUAUUGGAAAAUAUAUUUUUCAGUAUAUAAUAA